AUGAGUGUCUCUAUGCUGAGUCUCAUCGGAACCCUGGGCAAUGUCUCAGGGUUCCUGCAAGUGGCCUCUCUGCUAGGCUUGACCCUGCUGUUGCUCAAGGCAGCACAGCUCUACCUGCGCAGGCAGCGGCUGCUCAAAGCUGUCCAGCACUUCCCGUCCCCUCCUUCCCACUGGCUCUUCGGGCACAUCAAAGAGCUCCAAAAAGAAGACGAUCUGCAAUGCCUACGGAAAUGGGUAGAGAAAUUCCCAUGUGCCUGUCCUCGCUGGAUAUGGGGAACAGAGGUGGAGCUCGUGGUCUAUGACCCUGACUACAUGAAACUGAUCCUGGGACGAUCUGACCCAAAGUCUCAUGACUCCUACAGAUUCCUGGCUCCCUGGAUAGGGUACGGUUUGCUCCUGUUGAAUGGACAGACGUGGUUCCAGCACCGGCGGAUGCUGACUCCAGCCUUCCACUAUGACAUCCUGAAGCACUACGUGGGGCUCAUGGCUGACUCUGUCCACCUGAUGCUGGACAAAUGGGAGAACCUCAUCAGAGAGAACAAAUAUCUGGAGCUUUUUGAGCAUGUGUCCUUGAUGACCUUGGACACCAUUAUGAAGUGCGCCUUCAGCUACCCCAGCAGCCACCAAGUAGACAGGAUCUCCCAGUCCUACAUCCAGGCCAUUCAAGACCUGAGCAACCUGUUUUUUUCCCGGGUGAGGAAUGCUUUCUACCAGAAUGACAUCAUCUACAGGCUGACCCCUGAGGGGCGCCAGAACCACCGGGCCUGCCAGCUUGCUCAUCAACACUCAGACCGAGUGAUCAAGCUGAGGAAGGCUCAGCUGCAGGAAGAGGGAGAACUGGAGAAGGUCAGGAGCAAGAGGCACUUGGACUUCCUGGACAUCCUCCUCUUCGCCAAAAUGGAGGAUGGCAGUAGCUUGUCUGACGAGGACCUCCGUGCCGAAGUGGACACGUUCAUGUUUGAGGGCCAUGACACCACAGCCAGCGGCAUCUCCUGGAUCCUCUAUGCCCUGGCCACACACCCUGAGCAUCAGCAAAGGUGUCGGCAGGAGGUCCAGAGCCUCCUGGGGGAUGGCACCUCCAUCACCUGGGACCACCUAGACCAGAUGCCCUACACCACCAUGUGCAUCAAGGAAGCAUUGCGACUCUAUCCACCAGUUCCAGGCAUUGCCAGAGAACUCAGCAAGCCCAUCACCUUCCCUGAUGGACGCUCCUUACCCAAAGGAUUCGUACUCACGCUCUCCUUUUAUUGCCUUCACCACAACCCGAAGGUGUGGCCAAACCCAGAGGUAUUUGAUCCUUUACGGUUUGCACCAGGUUCUGCUCGACACAGCCAUGCUUUCCUGCCCUUCUCAGGAGGGUCAAGGAACUGCAUUGGGAAGCAGUUUGCCAUGAACGAGAUGAAGGUGGUGGUGGCCCUGACCCUGCUCCGCUUUGAGCUGGUACCAGAUCCUUCCAGGGUCCCUGUUCCCCACCCAAGGAUUGUGUUGAGGUCCAAGAAUGGGAUCCACUUGCAUCUCAAGAAGCUCCUCUAACCCCAGUGCAGACAAGAAUGAGCCACAAAGGCCUCCUGCCAGCCUCCCUGACCCCUUCCUCUUGCCCAUC